GGCCCAAAACAAUGGGCCACGGUUAAAUGGGCCAACCGACCCAAACUUCAUUAUCUCCAAUCGGUUCGUAUAAUAAGGAAUUUAUGCGUAGGGCAGAUGCUUUCUCUCCCUCUUUCGCGAAUCGGGUUCGCUCGCUCUCUUCCUUUCCGUGAGAGCAUUUUCUUCCCCCCACUGGUUGUGUAGUUGCUCUUUCCUUCUCCAUCUCCAAGAAGCCAACAGCAAAGGUUUGUCAUUUCAAUCUCUUCUUUCGUUUUUCUUUACUCGUUAGCAGCAAUAUUCAUUUUGUCAAUCAUCCUGCAAUCGAGGUAAACGUUCCGAUCUUUUCUCGUCCUCCGAGGUUUUUUUCUCUCCUCCUCUUUGUAGUUCGUCAAUCUGCUAGUUAAUAUCGAAUUCGAUUUCUUGUGACCGUUCCGGGUUUUUUCAUUGGUGUGCUUUGUUUUCGUAUGGGUUGAUGAUCAUUCAUCGUGGGCAUGUUGGUGUAUGAUUUCUUCACCUUCGAGAGUUGAGGUGUUCGAGAAUUAGGGUUGACGCGUUUUCCCCCAAAUUGAUGAACUUGCUGGAUUGGAUUGGUUAGAAGUGAAUUUCAUUUCUAGGGAUGAUUCAUUUUCUUGGAGUUCAGCCGUGUUGGCGGUUUCAUUUCUCUGCCCUUGGGUGGUUGAAUUAUUAGGGUCAGUAAUUUGAUUUGGAUGACUUGCGUUGCAGAACCAGAAACCAUGCCGAAGAACAAGGGUAAGGGAGGAAAGAACAGGAAGAGAGGAAAGAACGAAGCUGAUGAUGAGAAGCGUGAGCUGAUCUUCAAGGAAGAUGGGCAGGAGUAUGCCCAGGUGAUGCGCAUGCUCGGUAACGGGCGUUGUGAGGCCACGUGCAUCGACGGAGUGAAGCGUCUCUGCCAUAUCCGUGGCAAGAUGCACAAGAAGGUCUGGAUUGCAGCUGGUGAUAUAAUUCUAGUGGGUCUCCGAGACUAUCAGGAUGACAAGGCUGAUGUUAUCCUGAAGUACAUGCCUGAUGAGGCCAGGCUUCUCAAGGCGUAUGGUGAGCUUCCAGAGAACACUCGUCUCAAUGAGGGUAUUGCUGGAGGUCUCGAUGAGGAGGAUGAAGGUGCUGGUGAUGACUACAUUGAGUUUGAAGACGAAGAUAUUGAUAAGAUCUAAAGAGCUUCUGGAUUGUGUAAUAUACUCUUGUUAUAUGCAAGCUAUAGCUCUGUAAUCUUGUCUUCUUACUGGAUCUAGAGAGAUUAUGGUAUUACCGAGUUUGUAGCUCCGCUAUUUGCUAUUUGGGGUACUUUCCUCGACUGAGAGACAUACUUCUGUCGUUCCUAUUUUGAAUCUAUUUUGCGGUUACUGGAUUCAUAUCUUUGUGAUGACCGAAGAUCAGGCAUUACAGAGUGGUGGCUCCUUUGAAUUUUUCCAUGGCUAGAAAGUAAAAUCUCUAGUGUUUGGAAGGCAACUCUGCAAGAUGCAUUGAAAGUUUGGGUUCCAGCAUAUGCUUGCAGUUAAAUU